AUGACCAUGGACGAUACCACGCUGCAUACAUUUCUUUUACCUUUGCAGCUUAUAACCAUCUUCAGUCAAUGUCCGACUGCACUUCGUAGUGUAAUCUUGCUCGGAUCCUGGGAUAACUUCUCUAGGCGCUACAGCCUUCACCUUGAUACCCGGGGUGGGCGCAGCAUCUGGAAAGGUUGCUUUACAUUUUCUGACAUCUUCUGCGACGGUGACCUCGACAUGCUAUCGCCAAAGCGAGACGGUCCGUUGAAGAUGGGUGGCACAUACUGGUAUUACUAUGAAGUCGACGGCGACAAGGAAUGCCACAACCCGUCACAGCCUUCCACCACGUUGUGUCCUUUACUACCUGGGCAAGCCCUCAACGUACUGGAGAUCCCUUUCGAGGGACGAAAUCACAGCAUGUCUACUGAAGAUGCUUCGGCGUUUACACGUAACCCCAAAGACAGGUACCUGACACCAGUCCCUCCGAGCAAACCAUUACCCUCACCCGGGCCUCGUAGCUCGCAUCGUGAAGCUUACACUUUGCCCCUACCUUCUCCAUGGACACCAAAAUCUGCCACUUACCCUCCAUCGGAUCAGUUCCUCUCACCAAAUGUGACGCGACAUGCUCGGAGUGCUUCUGCGUCUCCGCUACUUCCAUCGACACCUCUUUUCACAGACUUUAAAGACCUGAAGGAGAAGUUCGCUUCGAAGCGAGCUCGAUCAAGAUCACGAAGCUCAUCUGAUGUUAGAGAGAUGCAAAUCAGUGCUCCUGUACUCAUCAGUACAACGGCAGAUGGCGUGUUACCUACAGUUCAACAUACUCCAUCUCAUUCGCCCGUGAACUUCUCCCGGCCUCAGAGGACUAUUCCGCAACCAUUCUCGAUCCCUACAAUCACCAAGAACUUCUCGCCACUCACGUCGCACCCUGUGAGAGUUGUUGCGGAUAUGAAGCCAUUCAUCGCAGAGUUGCCAGCGAACGAGACACCUGUGCAACGUCGCCGAUCCUGUGUACCAUCGACCGUUGGAUUAGACGAGUUCGACAUUGAGCCUGGCCGCCACCGAGCCAACUCAGCAGAUACUAGACGCACAAAGCGCAGUCUGUACGCGAACGAUCCUUGGGUGUCCUCACCAAGGUUCCAACACGAGUUUGACAGUGAGGUUCAGCAAGCACGAGAAGUUCAAUUUUUCAAGCCUGCACCUGUGCUUCAAAGGCCUUGCCUAUCUCUAUCACCACUAGCUACGGACAAGCGUCCUUCAUCAAGCUAUGGAGGAUGCCACAGCUCGACUCUACAAGACACCGCUUUAGAAAAGGACCUGCCAACUCUCCCUCGAUACUUGACUCCAGCACCACUAUUUGCAUGCAAUGCAGCUUCGUCAAAAGAGUCGACGCUAACGGAAGCGGUGGAGCCAGAAGAUGCAGUUACAGACGCUAUCCUGCAAGCAUAUGAAGACGAGGAAGAACCAAUAGCGCAGAUUUCUAAGAAAGAGCGCAGUCAUUUCUCAACGUGGAGCAGCUUCGACAGCUACGCGACCUCAGACGAAGAAGGAAUAAUGUCGCCAGCUUUCAGCUCUGCGACAAGUGUUUCAAGCGACGCUGGUUCACCUCUGCGUCAGUCGAUGCGCUACUCUUACGCUGAACAUGCCUUUGCAAAGGCUCAACAAACUACCACGAUUACCGAAGUUGAUGAAGAAGAAGAAGAGCAGGAGCUUACUGACAACCGCAUCUCGACACCUCCACAGCUUGAUCUCGACACUCUCCGCCUCUCUGUACUCUCAUUCAGCUCCGAUCUGUUCAACUUGGAUAUCCAGCACGCUGAAACUAUGCCGAGGCGACAGGCUGCAUGCUUUGGGUUGGGUUUUCAAGGUUACAGUUUACCCGAGAACGAGACGAGGAGCAAAGAGACCAUCCAAAGCGAGGUUACACUGCGACCUAAGCGCAUCGGCGUUCAGCGCGAGAGCUCGACAAGUCAGCUCGAUAUGCUCAUGGACGACUUCUCCUACCUUGGAGACGCUGUCGUCUAA